CGUGUUCGGCCGUCGCAAGUUUACGUGGUUUUAUUGGUGGUCACGGAAGCACGGACUGGUGAAUGCGCACACUUUUUAAUAUGUUUUAGUUGUGAAACUACGGUCUUUUGUGUGUGAAAACUGCUGGAAACAGUUUCCAGAGUAUCGACCAUUCUCGUACGGCGGUAGGCACGAUGACGACGUACGAGGAAUUUAUUCAGCAAAACGAAGACCGGGACGGUAUCCGGUUCACGUGGAACGUGUGGCCUUCGAGCCGGAUCGAUUCGACGCGCCUGGUCGUACCGCUCGGAUGUCUCUACCAGCCGCUGAAGGAGCGCCCGGAUCUACCCCCGAUCCUGUACGAUCCGGUCGUGUGCACGCGCCAGACGUGCCGGGCGAUACUGAACCCGCUCUGCCAGGUGGACUACCGGGCGAAGCUGUGGGUGUGCAAUUUUUGCUUCCAGCGCAAUCCGUUCCCGCCGCAGUAUGCCGCCAUCUCGGAGCAGCACCAGCCGGCCGAGCUGAUCGCCGGGUUCAGCACGAUCGAGUACACGAUCACGCGCGCGCCCUGCAUGCCGCCGGUGUUUCUGUUCGUGGUGGACACGUGCAUGGACGAGGAGGAGCUGACCGCGCUGAAGGACUCGCUGCAGAUGUCGCUCAGCCUGCUGCCCGCGAACGCGCUGGUCGGGCUGAUCACCUUCGGCAAGAUGGUGCAGGUGCACGAGCUCGGCACGGAGGGCUGCUCGAAGAGCUACGUGUUCCGCGGCACGAAGGACCUGAGCGCGAAGCAAAUCCAGGACAUGCUCGGUAUUGGGCGCGGGCCCGGCCCGCAGCAGCCGGGCCAGCAGCAGCAAGCGAUGCGGGGUGCGGCCGCACCACCCGCCCCGCCGGCCAACCGGUUCCUGCAGCCGCUGCACAAGUGUGACAUGGCGCUGACCGAUCUGCUCGGCGAGCUGCAGCGCGACCCGUGGCCGGUGCCGCAGGGCAAGCGGUACCUGCGCUCGACCGGGGCGGCCCUCUCGAUAGCGGUCGGGCUGCUGGAGUGCACCUACCCGAACACGGGCGGGCGCAUCAUGCUGUUCGUCGGCGGGCCCUGCUCCCAGGGCCCCGGUCAGGUGGUGGACGAUGAGCUGAAGCACCCGAUCCGCUCGCACCACGACAUCCAGAAGGACAAUGCCAAGUUCAUGAAGAAGGCGAUCAAACACUACGAUGCGCUGGCGCUGCGCACCGCCACCAACGGGCACUGCAUCGAUAUCUACUCGUGCGCCCUCGACCAGACGGGGCUGAUGGAGAUGAAGCAGUGCUGCAAUUCGACCGGCGGCCACAUGGUGAUGGGCGACUCGUUCAACUCGUCGCUGUUCAAGCAAACGUACCAGCGGGUGUUUGCGGCCGACCAGAAGGCCGAGCUGAAGAUGGCGUUCAACGGCACGCUCGAGAUUAAGUGUUCGCGCGAGCUCAAAAUCGAGGGCGGCAUCGGCUCGUGCGUGUCGCUGAACGUAAAGAACGCGUCCGUUUCGGACACGGAAAUCGGCAUGGGCAACACGGUGCAGUGGAAGCUGUGCACCAUGACGCCGAACACGACGAUGGCGUUCUUCUUCGAGGUGGCCAACCAGCACGCCGCCCCCAUACCGCAGGGUGGCCGCGGCUGCCUGCAGUUCAUCACGCAGUACCAACAUUCCAGCGGGCAGCGACGCAUUCGCGUGACGACCGUCGCACGCAGCUGGGCCGACGCGACCGCCAACCUGCACAUGAUCAGUGCCGGGUUCGAUCAGGAGGCGGCCGCCGUGCUCAUGUCGCGCAUGGUCGUGUACCGGGCCGAGUCGGACGACGGGCCCGACACGCUGCGGUGGGUCGAUCGGCAGCUGAUCCGCCUGUGCCAGAAGUUCGGCGAGUACGGCAAGGACGAUGCGAACAGCUUCCGGCUGGCGGAGAACUUUUCGCUCUUCCCGCAGUUCAUGUACCAUCUGCGCCGCUCGCAGUUCCUGCAGGUGUUCAACAACAGCCCGGACGAAACGACCUUCUACCGGCAUAUGCUGAUGCGCGAGGAUCUGACCCAGUCGCUGAUCAUGAUACAGCCGAUCCUGUACUCGUACUCGUUCAACGGGCCGCCGGAACCGGUGCUGCUAGACACGUCCUCCAUACAGCCGGACCGGAUCCUGCUGAUGGACACGUUCUUCCAGAUACUGAUCUUCCACGGCGAAACCAUUGCCCAGUGGCGCAAGGACAAGUACCAGGACAUGCCCGAGUACGAGAACUUCAAGCAGCUGCUGCAGGCCCCGGUGGACGACGCGCAGGACAUCCUGCAGACCCGGUUCCCGAUGCCCCGGUACAUCGACACCGAGCAGGGCGGCUCGCAGGCUCGGUUCCUGCUGUCGAAGGUGAAUCCGUCGCAAACCCACAACAACAUGUACGCGUACGGGCAGAUGGCGGUACCGAGUGCGGACGGUGGAGCCCCCGUGCUUACGGACGACGUGUCGCUGCAAGUGUUCAUGGAGCAUCUGAAGAAACUGGCCGUAUCGUCGACAACGUAAACGAUGCGCACGUCACCAUCCAUCCCCUCGGAGCAGAGGCAACCAAUUCUCAGUGCGCUUCAAUUAAGUGUUGUUAAAUUGAACAGCCUUCCCGCUGGUGUGGGCAAAGAGAAACGGCAGUCAACGGGGCGGUGUAUGGUGUAGCACUACUCACCACAUAAGCAGUAUAUAUAUAUAUUUAUCGAUGUUAUAACAGAGGAGUAUGCUGGCCACGGGGCGGCACGGUCGUCAUUGCGACAGAGUGUGUGCGUGGUGGCAAGGCAAUAUAUGUAAGCAUUGGUUUGAUUUUUGUUUUAAAAUUUGGGCAAAAUUAGUAACAGUAACAGAGAGUUUAUAAUAUGUAGUAGCUAAAGGUAAUUGUACGAAGUUCAGUUUAUAUGUGACAUGCGCUUGAUUUUGCUUUGCAAAGGGUUGAAGUACACGAUCAUCUGAUUGAUAUCCCGCUCACACUAAACCAAUAAAGUGUAGAAAUCUGUAAUGCUGCUGCACUUAA